AUGGUCCCCUGGGGGCAGGGUGAGACCCAGAAGCAGCAUCAGGCCCUCUGGGGUGACACCAGCCCAUCGCUUACCGGGCGGGUCACUCAGGCCGGCAGCUGGACCUCUGAAUCUGGUCUGCGGGGUGAUGCCCGCUGGCCCGCGGGAUCUGGGCUCGCCCCACCCGGGUCCCCAUGCACCCGCCCCGGAGGGCAUGCCCGGCCCUGGAAUGGGGGGCGCCCCAGCCCCCAGGCGGGGGCGGGGGACGUGAGCGCCGAAGUCGCGCUCCGCUCGGCGUGUGCAGCCCUGGAACGAGGGGAGCGUGGACGCAGCACCAGGAGCGUGAGCGCGCACGGCCACGGCCCGGACGCGCACGUCUCAGGCACGGCCGCCGGGGAAGACCCGUCAGCUUGCAAGCCACUGAUGGAGCCAGACCUCAACAAGGCCCAGAAGGAGGCCAGGCUGGUCCAGGACAAAGCCAGGCGCUGCAAUGCCCACGGCCGCAGCCUUGCUCCCCCGUGCAGGUACUGCGUGGGAGGAGCCAGCCGUGCGGGCCCAGGUGAGUCCUUCUCAGCCUGUGGGCUGCCCGCCAAGGCCGCCGAGGCCACAGUCACCUCCCGACUCGCCAGCCCGUGGCACCUAGCUCCCAACAGGCGGACGGAUCCUCCAGGCCGCCCAACCAGGGCCCCACCCCGGCCCCCUCCCCCGCCCUGCCGGGAGAAGACCUUUGGAACCACGGCCCUGCCCCUGCAGCCCCUCCGUCAGGAGCAGCAAAGGGACUCGGUGGGCAGAGACGGUCCCGUGGAUAGAGGCGACUGUAACUGCUCAGUCUACCUGGACACUUGCCUCGGGGGGUCCCGAAAGACGCCCACCAGAACAAACCCCGUUACUCCCCAGCAGCCGCCGGGGGAGCCCCAGCCUGCGGAGUCCGGGGUGGAGCCCGGCAGGCCCACAGCCUUAACAUCUGGCCCCUCACCGGCCAGAGACAGGAAAGCCACCCCGAGCCCGACCAGCCAGCUGCCCCCGCGCCUGACCUCCAGCUCCUGGUCACAAGGCUCCUGGCAGGUGCUGGACCCAUCUGGAGUCGGGGAACAGUCCCGCCUGCCUCCCCGUGGGACACGGGUCAACACCGGGCCCUCCACAGCGUUCUGUGGCACCGAGGACAGGCCCCGCACAGGAUCUCCGCAGCAGCACCCGGCCUGUGUGGGCACGGCCAGACCCCCUGCCCUCGAUCGUCACGAGGAGACACGGAACCCGGGCAGCACAGCGUCGGCAACCACACGGCCGACUUGA